AGAAAACCAAAAAAAGAGAACCAAAUAAAACUGCAGCAAGGCUGCGUUACAAACAAAACAAAAAAAGGGCAAAAAAAAAGAAUAAAGGAAAAAAGAAAACAAAAUAAAGUGAGGAAGAGUUCAAUUUGGAGUGUCGUUAAGCCAAAGAAAAGUUAGCAGCCAGCAGCUGCACAUGGUGCGACCGCCGGAAGGGACAGGACUACAGGCCAGGAGCUCCAUCAGUUGCAGCCAAAGAAAAAAAAGAGAUAAAUCAAGGAGGAGCUGGCCACAAAUACAAUUCACACUUGCAGCUCUUGGCCGCAGGGUAAGGGCAGAACAGUUCUUGGCAGAGCAGAAUCAAGAUACCAGCUGGCCGGAAGGGAAUAAACGCAGGACAAAAUCCGCAACUAAUUCAUCUUUCGAUCUUAGUUGUUAAGAUUUUGUAUUAAAAUUCUUCUUUAAUUUCAUGAAUGAUUGCUCCAGUCCAGGGCCGGCCCAGGGAGUGUAUAGGCAGUCCAACCGCACAGUGCCCAAAAAAUGGAAGGCCCAAAAAAAUAAAUUAGUAGUAGUAUUACUACUAGUCAUCUACUCUGUAUUAGUCAGCCCAAUAGCCAAAGAAGGUGCGGGAGAGUGGGAGACGGGAGUCAAGGCGUGAAGCGAAGAGGCGAACUGGCAGUCUGGCAUUGCGAUCUGCGAAAGAGGAAGCGCAUAGGCCAAAGGGAAAUAUCGAGUGACUGAGUGAGACGAGCUGACGACUCUCCAUCUCCAGGCUCCGCUCCAGCCUCCAGCCACCCCGAUUUCUUCACUUCUUCCCAUCGGCAAUCGACAUCCAAUCAUCCAGGACGGCAGGACUCCAUUAUUUUAGGUUAAUUUGGAAAAGAGAGAUAGCAUAGCUCAAACCCUGCGCGUUCCUGGCCUUGGGGAGUAGGGGAUACUUCAAAAAAUCGCAGAGCUCUUGCGCACGCCUCCUCCGAGUUCCAAACCCUGCGUUCCACCAGCGGCGUUGAGUUCCACAAGCCGCCUCCGACAUCUUGCCACCUUUUCCACCUUCCAGCCGCCUCCUCCUCCCUCUCAGCAGCGCACGGAACAGCAACGCCGCAGGACGCCGCACUCCGCCGCACUCCGCCGCCGCACUCCGCCGCCGCACUCCGCCGCCGCACUCCGCCGCCGCACUCCGCCGCCCCCUCCCAGUACAAUGCUGUAAAAAAGCCUCCUCCUCCGCCAUAUUUUCUUAAUAGAGUUAAAUAUAUAUAGGAAGAGGUGACACCACGCCGGCCGUUCGUAUAGUGUCCUGAGUGAAUAGAAUAGCUUAAAGAGUUAGCGGGUGCUGUUGAGUGCUGCCUUCAUAAGGAGGAGAGUCAAAUGUCUUUCUGGGGAAUUGAAGUUAAACCUGCAAAAUCGGUCACUCAUGUGUUUGAUCAGACAAGAGGAAGGCUUCGGAUUUCUCAAGCAACAUUGGGUAUUGGCAGUGCAAACACAAAGAGCUUAGUUCAGUGCAAGGUGGGAAAUAAACCUCCACAUUUUCUGUGCGCAUUGUUGCCUGAAAGGACAGAGUCUUGCCAUUUGGAUUUGGAAUUUGAGGAAGCAGAGAAUGUGGUCUUUUCUGUUGUUGGAUCAAGAAGUAUACAUCUAACUGGUUACUAUGUGGGUAAGAGUUCCAGUGCACAUUUAGGAGGAGGAGGCAGUGAUACAGAGUCAUAUGGAGAGGAUGUUGGCCACACCGACACAGAUGUGUCCAAUGAGUGUAGUGAUGAAGAUGAAUAUGAGGACAGCUUUAUUGAUGAUGGAGAGCCAGAGGUUCUCCCUUCACCCAUUUCUAGUGAUGAAAAUGUAGCAGCUGAAGGAAGCAAGAAAGGGAACCGAUGGUUUAGGAAGAAACACCAAGUAAUUGACUCUGAUGAUGAUGAAAACACUCCUGAAAAUGAAGCAUCUCCAAAGAAAUUAUCAUCACAAAGUGGAGAAGAUAGUGGCAAGGUGACAGUUCAAGCAGAAAAUGGUGUAGGGGGUACUGAGGAAAAUGUUGAUAUUAGUGAUGCUGAAACCGCAAAGAGCGAAAAGCCUAGCAAGAAACGGAAAAACAAGUCUGAUAAUGCAAAAUCUAUUGAAGUUCCUGUAGAGGUUAAACCCCUUGCUGAAGAGGGAUCUGCGAACAGCCAGAAAUUAAAGAAGAGGAGAAAAGGUAACAAGGGAGAGAAAGUGGAUGAAUGCAAAGAUUCAAGUCCUAUCAAUACUCAUGAAAAGGUCAAGCAAAAUCUCGAGGCCACUAAUACCGUCAAGGAUUUGAUUGAAACUGCUGAUGAAAAUCAAUUGCAAACUAGUGCUCAAAAUGAUGAAGCUAAUUGUGGUGUAGCUAAUGGACAACAUGUGAAGAAACAUGAAAAAAAGAAGAAUAAGAAUACCAAAGUUGUGGAUGAAGGAGCCAACAAUGGUCUGAGUGUGGAGUCCUACGGAAUCAGGACUUUGUCAAAUGGAUUGACUACUGAAGACCUUGCAAUUGGAGAAGCUGAUGGAAAAGUUGCUACUCCAGGGAAAAAGGUGAAGAUUUACUAUACUGGCAUCCUGAAAGAGAACAAGCAGGUUUUUGACUCCAAUAUUGGUGAAACUCCUUACAAAUUCCGCCUAGGUGACAAACGCAUUAUUGACGGGUGGAACAUUGGUCUAGAAGGUAUGCGUGUUGGUGGCAAAAGGAGACUUAUCAUCCCUCCAUCAAUGGGCUAUGGCAGCCAGGGAGGUGGAGAGAACAUACCACCAAACUCAUGGUUGAUUUAUGAAGUUGAAUUGGUUGGAGUCCAUAAAUGAGUUUUUAUUUUAUUUUGCGUUAAUGUUGAAGAUACUUUUUUGAACUUGAAACCCUUGAGAAAGUCUGUCCUUAAAAACAAUAUAUAUAUAUAUAUAUAUAUAUAUAUAGAGAGAGAGAGAGAGAGAGAGAGAGAGAGGAGUAUUCAUGUGCGUCCGACAACUUUUAGCCGCCUUCCCGGUGGAAUUUUUUGAUGAAAUUUUUAUGGCAUGUUCUUCAUCAAGUCUAGUUUAUCCACAAAAAAAUCCAACUAAAAACACAAUCCGGAAGGUCGUCAAAUGAUUUUUGGAAGUUAACUGCAUUUUAUAUGUAUUUUUUAGCGCAGUUAACUUCCAAAAAUCAUUUGACGACCUUCCAGAUUGAUUUUUUAGCUGAUUGUUUUGGAUAAACUAGACUUGAUGAAGAACAUGCCAUAAAAAUUUCAUCAAAAAAUUUCACCGAGAAGGCGGCCAAAAGCCGUCGGCCAGACGGCGGUUCUCGUGCGGACGGACGCACCAGAAUGGGACUCUCUCUCUCUCUCUCUAUAUAUAUAUAUAUAUAUAUAUAUAUAUAGGAAGAGGUAAGGAUAGUAAGCAAUAUGUUAUGAGCAGACCAUUCUUUUAAAAGAAGAGCAUUGCCGCAUGUCAGAGAUUGUUUUAUUCUUUUUUUAAGCGAAUGAAUGAAUGCAUUAAAGAUCAAUCAUCCCUAACCAAUAUACCAAGAACUCGCUUGACAAUCAAAUUGCUUUCCUUCUCAACCUCUCUCAUCUAUAUUUCAAGUUCAACCACUACAUAAUCUCACCAAAGAGUUUUGGGAAGAGGAGCAAAUUUACGUCCCCUAUCCUCAAGAACAGUCAGGUAAUACCUCCUGGCUCUAUGUACCUUCAAUUUAAUAGACGGUAACUUCCAAAUUUAAUCAUCUUUAAUCAUCCUCCCCCCUACUUUCUCUCCUUACCAUAUUCCAACUUCAAAAGUACGCAUACAGAUAAAGAUUUAAGCAUUGAAAUAAAGGGGUAUGUACAAGUGUCAAGUGAUAGUAUAUUCUCUAGGCUGUUCUUCCAGGGAUUUCAUUCCUCGCAGUCAAAGUCUUGAAUGAAUUGUUCUGAACAGUAAUUUGGAAAUUUAGAAAAUGAAGUGAAGUUCAAUGAGACAACAUUUUGUUAGUAUUACGGAGAACUUUUAUUGAAGUGUUAUUCUGUUAAACUAACAUACUGCUGAUCAGUCAAACUGUAGCAUAAUACUUUAAAGGAAAAUUGAGAAACAGAAAAUCAAAGAUAAUAUGUUGCUAGUAUUUGAUCCAAGUGAGUUGCGCGAGACACAUCCACCAAUACUAAUUUUACUGUGAGAAGCCAAAUAAUGUGUUAGAAUACUGAAUGAAAAAGAAAGAAAGUUGAGUCUAGAAUAGCUUUUUCUUCAGUUGAUCUGUACUCUGUUUAUGGAUACAUGAGUUUUGGCUACCAAUGUCAGGGUUAGCUUUUUCUAACCAAUUGCAGCAGUUUGUCCUGUGAUAAUCAUAAUAGUUCUUAUUAAUCAAGAGAACUGAAAACUUUCUAUGUUGACUCCUGGUAGAUGAUUCCUAUAAGAAAAUCCAAAUAACUAAGCUGCUGAAAAACUGUUACUUAUAUUAGGGGCUUGCCUCGGGUUUACCAAUUGUGUAGCUCUGCAAUUUCAUAUAUUCAGGAAAAAUAUUACCUACAAACAAAUCCAUACUAUUGAAGAUUUAAUUCUGUAGUGGAUAUACAACAAAAUUAGGAUUUGGAUUUCCUUACUGCUUUGGAAAAGUUAAAAAAUUGAAUCUGGAUUCAAUUUGUCUAACUAAAUUGUAAUGGUGUGUCCUGUGAUUAUCAAAAUAGUUCGUAUUCAUUAACAGAUGUGAAAACAUUCUAUGUUAAACAGAGAUAUGAGCAUGAUGAGUAUAUAUUUUUCAAGUAAUUAAUUGGAAAUCAUAGCUAGUACGAGUCGACUUGUUGCUUGUCCGCUCCUGCCCAGUUUUCAAAGGUUAUGUCUCUUGCAAUGAAACCAUUUCCAGUCGCAGCUGUUAAUCCACAAAAAACAGCAUGAUUAAUAAAUAAUUCUUUCUAUACCAAAAAAAUAUUUUUGGUAUAGUGAUUGAUUAGUUAAAAUGUUUAGAAUUGCUCAAUUUUAGAUAGGAUCAAAACAUAGACAUAUACUACUAACAUGUUUUAUUGCAAAUUUGGUCUAUUUUAUUGAAACUGAAUUGAAAAGUUUUGAUUUAAUUUAGUCUAUUUAAAUCAUGUUUAUCUAUCUGAUAUGAAGUGGUCUGCAAAUAUUUAACCUCUACUUUACUAUUGUAAAAAUCUAGUUUAAUCUAUUUAAGUCUCGAUAGAUUUAAUUUGAUAUUUAAUUAUAUUCCUCUGUCCCUUAAAACUUGGCCAAGUUUAACCGAUAUCAGGAUUAAUAAAGUAAAAACUGUAUGAUUAAAUUUUACGAGAGAGGAUUAAUUAGAAUUAUAAAUUUAUUACGGAUGGAACAAUAAUCUUUUCAACUGUGAAACUGUGAAAGGUUUGAUGACUUUGAACUUUGAAUACUUCGUGCCAAUUAUCUGAAACACGUGGGUUGCCUGUGAUUAUACAAAAGCUGACAGCACAUGUAAUUACAAAAACUGAUCGACACUAUGAUAAUAAAAAACGACUCUCUUUGUGCAAAUUGACUAAUACGAUGUUACAAAAAUUUUAUGUUUUAUUUGUGAAGAUGAGUCGAAGCGGGAUGUACGAUAAACGGAACACAUUGGAAUUUAUGAAUGAGGUGGCUGAGUUUCGUAAACGUUGUUAAGAAUAUAAAUGACUCUCUUAAAAGAACACUGUUUUAUCCACGGUGGCAUGUCGUUUUAGAGAUUUUUAGGCGAAGUUAGUUUCAGGAUGGAUCACUUGUGUUUGAACGAGUAUGUGGGUGCCACACUUCCUGUUCCCAUUGUGAAUCUUUUUACCAUAGGCGAUGCCCAAGGUAGUUUUAUUUAAUGACCGGUUGAUUGGGUGAAAUUUGUAAGUGAGGUAAUUAUAUGAAAGUAUAUAUAUUUAAGUAUGUGUGUGUGUGUAUAAGUGUCUUUACUUAUGAGUUUCUUCACAUAUCCAAUGUAUUUAUGUGAUAUUUAUUUAUUAGUUAGAAGUGAUAUGUAGGUCACUAGUAAUAAACCAUCAAAGGGCAAGAAGAAAUUGGAUAUCCGUAAAAAACCGGUCAAAUGAUAUCUAGUGUCUGAUGGUGUGUUGUUGUCACUCAGUAAAGAUUGCAAGUGGUUGCACUCGAUUAUAGCAUCUCGGACUAGCGAUGAUCCCUUUAUAAUUACUUUAGAUGCUCGCGUGUUCCAUUAUAAAUCAAGUGAUGGUGAUGUGUAUCUUAACAACGAGGACAUCUCUCAGUUUCUGUCCGGUGCAAUGCUUAAUAUAUCCAUUAUUCAAGUAUUCAUCAAAGCAAUGCAUGCGUAUACCGAGGGUUUGAAUACCCAGAACCCAGAAGAUGGGAAUCUUGGAUGAAUGUGUCCUGAUGCAAUUUGUGCAACUUCAUGUGACCAUAACCCAGAAGAUGUGAGAGAGUACAUAUGCCGAGCCAUCAUUGAAUCUCGCAAUUCUGGCAUAGAUAUUAUUCUUUCUCCUUAUUACGAAAAGUAUGCAUUCAUACCUACUUAUAUUAAUUUCAUUUAUCAUAGUUAUUUACAUUAACGAUAUAUAUAUUUAUGUUUAUGUGUUUAUUACAUAAUGUGCAUCGCAAAUUACUCGUGUAGUUAUCAUUGGGUAUUGCUUGUGGUAUGGGUCUCACGUGGCAUGAUCUUUAUGUAUGAUUCGUUUCGCACUAGCCCGAUGCGCCACUUAUUAAUCAUGUCAUUGUUUAGCAGGUUAGGUUAUUGUUUAGAUACG